CUUCGUGGUUACACAGGCGUUUGCUUUGUGCGUGCCUUUUCGUGCUUUGUUUAAAUGCCUAUAUGCCUGCAGGGCACUCUUCAACCUCCUUCAGAAAGAGACUGGUGGGUUGUUGAUAUUGAAAUAUCAACCUCCUGGACCAGAAAUUCUGUGAACAUCAUCUACCCCGAGAGACGCCUGUGAACAAAGACGGUUUCAUCUUCUCCGAUGGACAAAGCCACAUUUCAUUCGGAAAAGGUGGAGGCAUCACCACUUGACGAUUCACCUAAACAUCAGAAGGCAAGCGUUGGAUCCGACGCCCAGUCAACCCACAAGCCAUGGGAUAUAAUCGUCAACUACCCAACCUCAACUAAUGCCGCCGAAUCGUCCUGGUGGCGGGACAUUGGCCCGCUCCUUGGCCGACUUUUGCAAGUAACCGGCUACUCUGUGCCUAUGCAAUUCGAGUAUCUAAUCUUCGCGCGGAAUCACAUUGUUCCCGCCCUGGGACCGUACCCGCAGCGCUGGCCAAGCGUCAUGACCUAUACCGACCUACCGAUUGAGAUGAGCGUGAAUUUCCAGGAUCAUCAUGCAUCGACUGUGCGUGUGGGCAUCGAGCCGAUCAGUGAGUUCGCGGGAACAUCCAGCGAUCGAUUCAACCAGACUGCUACGGAGCGGUUAGUUGGUCGGCUGUCUACGUUGGGAGGGCUGGAUCGCAGGCUGUACCAUCAUUUCGCUAGGGAUUUUGGGAUCACUGAAAUGGAAACAAUGAAGGCGAAGCAAGGGGAAUUUAAGAGGGACUCGGUACAGUCAAUGUAUAAUAUAGGGUUCACCUUUGAAAGAAUGGGGGCAGCUAGUGUGGACACAAAGGGGUAUGUGUUUCUCAGGUUGAAGGAGAGGGCAUCUGGCGUGCCUAUGCAACAAUUGCUACGUGAAUCAUUGAACCAGCUGGAUGUGACAGCAGAGAGAAGAGACAGAAAAGCAGUUCAAAAGGUGAUUGAAUACAUGGAAGAAGGAGGGGGAUUCAAUGAGUACACAUACCUGGCUUGGGACUUUGUCGACUCGGCCAAGUCCCGAAUCAAGGUUUAUGGGGUACUCGGGGAUUUGAGGACGGAAAAGGUUACGGAAGUAUGGACCAUGGGUGGAAGGCUGAAGGAUCCGGCUACGAUGCAGGGCCUGGAGUUGGUCCGACGGCUAUGGGACCUGCUGAACGGCAAUAGUCAGCAAGGCCAACAGCCUUCUAAAGCGCCCAUACUGAUGUGGAACUAUGAGAUCCGACCGGGCCGCGAUGAGCCCAUCCCGAAGCUGUACCUCCCUCUUCUUGGGCGGAACGACAUGUUCGUGGCCAAGACGCUGGCGCGCUUCUUUGACACCCUCGGCUGGGCGGACGAGGCUCGGAGCUAUGUGGCUAACGUGCAGUAUCUGUUUCCGGAUGAAGACCUUGAACAGUCAGCCCGGCUUCACUCGUGGGUGUCGCUAGCGUAUACCAGCCAGGCGGGGGUCUAUGUAAGCGUGUACUACCACUCUAGCCUGGCCUAGAAUGAAGUCUUGCAAUUUUCACCAUCAUUAUUGCACAAGUGUUGACUAUGAAAUGAACUAUUGCAUAAAAAAGUCGUACGCGCGUAAGUGACCAGAUGGCCGACAUGUAGGCGUUCUGUG